UAUAAAAGCCGCGGGCGGCAGCACCGGGGCAGAGCGCUCAGAGACCUCUGGAAAGAGACAGCUGAGAGCAGCCGAAGCAGCAGCACCAGAAGCAGCACCAACAAUGCUUUGCCGGAUGCACCUCGCACCAUUCGCCUCCAGCUCUCUGGCCACCCGGCUGGGCACAGUGAGGACCCUCUGGCCACACGCAGAGACCAUCUUCACCGAGCUGCAGCAGGAGAUGGAAAAGGCUCGGGAGUUCAUGAGCAGCUUCGAGCAGCUCUUGAGCAGCCAAGUAGCCUCUGCCAUGGAGCGAGCCCCGAGCUCCAGCACCUCCCUGGCCCCCAGCUCUGGUGAGGGCUUCUCCAUCUGCCAGGACGUCAAGAACUUUGCUCCGGAGCAGCUGUCGGUGAAGGUGGUGGGCAGGAAGGUGGUGCUGGUGGGGCAGAAGGAGACGCAGAAUGUCGAUGAGAAGGGCUCCUUCUCCUACAAGUACGAGGUGUUGAAGCGGGAGUGGGAUGUGCCCGAGGAGGUGGACGCCGAGGCGCUGACCUGCUCCCUGUCCAAGGAGGGGCAGCUCCGCAUCGAGGCCCCCCGGCUGGCCCUGCCCGCCGCCCCGGAGAGGAACGUCCCCAUCCAGGUCAGCCCUGCAGCCCCACAGCCUGGACCAGCCUCCGAGAAUGGAGCCACCACCAAGGCCCAGGUGUAAUGGGAGGGGAACCGAUGGCCCACGGCAGGACCGGAGGAGACCAGCUGCAAGUCUUGGGUUUUGGCCCAGACAAGCUCCAUCAGCAAUUGUGUCAAUUUUUUUGCUAUACUGGAAUGGUUUUGUAUCCAAUAAAAAUACUUUUGCAU